AAAAAAAAACGUUUUUGCAACACGGCGAUCAUAUUGUUUUGGUCGACAUGGCAGCCAGCGGAUACUCUGACCUGAGAGAGAAGCUAAAGUCCAUGACUCCGCACCGGGAUGACUACGGGAACAAAUUCCGGGCGAGUAACGGCAGCGAGAAGGGUCGAAAGCGGAAGUAUCGAGAGUCGGACGACGACGAAUACGAGCAUAGCGAUGACAGCGCUGACCUCCGGGAGCAGGAGGCCCGCCGGGUGAGGAGCAGCGUCCUACAGCGGAGCAUCUUCACCCCGGAGGAGUGCGGCCGCAUCGAGGAGAAGAUCGACGAGGUGGUCGCUAAAGCAGAGGCUGGACUGUACCGGGAGCACACGGUGGACAGGGCGCCCCUCCGAAACAAGUACUUCUUUGGGGAGGGGUACACGUACGGUGCCCAGCUGGAGAGGCGCGGGCCGGGCCAGGAGCGACUGUACCGCAAAGGAGAGGUGGACGAGAUCCCGAGCUGGGUUCAUGAGCUGGUGAUCGAGCGCCUGGUGUCCAACGGGGUGAUUCCUGAGGGGUUCGUCAACAGCGCGGUGAUCAACGAUUACCAGCCGGGUGGAUGCAUCGUGUCCCACGUGGACCCCCUCCACAUCUUCGCUCGGCCCAUCGUCUCGGUGUCCUUCUUCAGUGACAGCGCGCUGUGUUUCGGCUGCCGCUUCCAGUUCAAACCGAUCCGGGUGUCAGAGCCGGUGUUCGUCCUGCCUGUGAGGAGAGGGAGUGUCACAGUGCUCAGUGGCUAUGCUGCUGAUGACAUCACUCACUGCAUCAGGCCUCAGGACAUCAAGGAGAGACGUGCAGUAAUCAUCCUCAGAAAAACUAAACCCGAUGCCCCUCGGCUGGACUCUGAGAGCCCUUUAAGUUCGUCUCCUGCACUGAGACCCGCUCCUCUCAAAGCCAAGCGCUCUCAUCGAAAAGCAGACCCGGAUGCUGCUCACAGGCCAAGGGUCCUGGAGAUGGAUAAGGAGGAGAACAGACAUCCUUCACUAUCCCGCCAUCCUCGCCGCGGUGCCAGCUCAGAAAAUUACAGGAGCCGUGAUGAAGACCACGACAAACAUCAGGAGAGCUCAGGGCGCAAAGUCAAAAUGAGACGCCACUGAGCACCUCUUUGACACGCUUGUUCACUUACUAAAAUAUUUCUGCUCCUUUAUCUACGUCAGUAUUGUAACUUUUCUUAUGUUUCUUUGGUCAAUUGUUAUUUGAAUGGUCCAGUUUAUUCUGAUGCAAGAACCUCAGCUAGGUUUGAGUUUUAUUUGAGUCUAAAAAAUGUUUGUUUUCUGGCAGAUAAAACUGGCUUUUCUGCUGCUUAUGAUAAACCUCACCUUACUUACUAAAGUAAGAGUCUGUUGUUUAACAGUUCAGUUAGUUUAAAUUAAACAUUUCUUUGUUUAUGUAUUAAUAGAGGAUCGGAAAAGGCAUGUAUUUUUUCUACCUUGAAAACUAAAGGACAGUUGGACAUAUGGACCUGUACAGAAGCAAACCCAGGCUGUAAUCUAACCUCAUAAUGUACAAAUCAGCAGUCUUUAUUUGGGGGUUUUAUGGAGACCGAUCUUGUUUUUUGUGUUCUCUAUAUCCUUUCAAAUCCAUUACCUUUGCAUCAUGUCAAAUCUUUUCUUUUUACUUUU